GGAGCCGAGGAGGCCGGGGGUCCUCGCCGCCCGGGGCUGUCGCCUGCCAGAGCCGCCGCCGCCGCCGCCCCACCGCCUCCACCGGUUUCCCUCUCCCUCCCCUCCCGAAGCACGGCGCCGCUGCUUGACUCCCGUCCCCCCCUGACCCUGGGGGAGCUUCGCCCUGCAGCCCCGGCCUGUGCGGAGGGAGGGGAGGAGGGACCGGCGGGAGGGAGGAGGAGCCCCCACCCGGUACCCGGUACACCCCACGGAUUGGCCUGGAGUUGGAGAUCUUCAGUUGACACUAGUCCCCUUUCUGUUCUGUGGCUCUCCAUGCGAGCCAGGGACAAAUGGAUGCAAUCGCAAGUGCCAGCCUCAAGAGGAAGUUUGAUGAGGUGGACGUGGGAUCGCCCAUCUCCAACUCUGAUGAUGAGAUCUCUAACAGCGACAGCGCAGACAGCUGUGACAGCGUCAAUCCACCCAACUCCACCGGCUUCAUACCAACUUCCAUCCUGAAAAGGCAGAAACAGUUGCGCAGGAAGAAUGUGCGCUUCGACCAGGUGACGGUGUACUAUUUUGCAAGGCGCCAGGGAUUUACCAGCGUGCCCAGCCAAGGGGGCAGCUCCUUGGGCAUGGCGCAGCGCCACAACUCCGUCCGCAGGUACACCCUUGGUGAAUUUGCCCAGGAGCAAGAAGUGAACCACCGGGAGAUUCUCAGAGAGCACCUCAAGGAGGAGAAGCUCCAUGCCAAGAAAAUGAAGCUGACCAAGAACGGCACCGUGGAGUCGGAGGAGGCGGAUGGGCUGACUCUGGAGGAUGUCUCCGACGACGACAUAGAUGUAGAGAACGUGGAGGUGGACGACUACUUCUUCCUGCAGCCCCUGCCCACCAAGAGGCGCCGCGCCCUCCUCCGAGCCUCGGGGGUUCAUCGCAUCGAUGCGGAGGAGAAGCAAGAGCUCCGCGCCAUCCGCCUCUCGCGGGAGGAGUGCGGCUGUGACUGCCGGCUGUACUGUGACCCCGAGGCAUGUGCCUGUAGCCAGGCUGGAAUUAAAUGCCAGGUGGACCGAAUGUCCUUCCCGUGCGGCUGUUCCAGAGAUGGCUGUGGGAACAUGGCGGGGCGCAUUGAAUUCAAUCCCAUCCGGGUGCGGACUCAUUACCUCCACACCAUUAUGAAACUGGAGCUGGAGAAUAAGCGGCAGGUGAGCCGCCCCCAGACUCUGGAGGAGGAGGCCUCCGCCCCUCCCAGCUCCAGCGGCGAUUGGCUGGGGGCCCAGACCCCCGAGACGCAGGACUUCCAGGAGUUCAUGGCGGAGAACGAAACGGCGGUCAUGCACCUGCAGACGGCCGAGGAGCUGGAGCGGCUGAAGGCCGAGGAAGACUCCAGCAGCGGCUCCAGCGUGGAGAGCCUGGGGGUGUGCAUUUUGGAAGAGCCCCUGGCGGUCCCCGACGGGUUGUGCCCGAGCCUGUCCACGCCCAUCCUCAUCCAAGCCCAGCUGCCCCUGGGCUCCUCCGUUCUGUGCUUUACGGACAGCUCUGAGCAAGCCAGCUCAGCCGAGGGAGGCCAGGCCUACUUGAACAAUGGGCCGGUUGUGUACUAUCAGGUCGACCAAAGGUCGAUGCUGGGCGUGAAGGGCGAGAGCAGUGCCGAGGAGCCCGACAUUCCCCCUCGCUACCCAGACGAGAAGGAGCUGAGCGUCUACUCCGUCCCGGUGACCUCGCUGGUGCCUUGUGCCAGAGCCGCCGUCUCCGGCAGGGCGGAAGGGGGCAAAGCGGCCCUGUCCCCGGAGCCCCUCGCUUCUGAAAGCUGCCCGCCUGAGGUUCCUCCUCCGCCAAGCCUGUCAUUCCACACAAACGUGCCGCAGGACAGUUUGCGGCCCCAGAGUUUGGGGCAGUCUCCAGAGAGGGCCUGUGAGCUGCCCUCGUCGGAGGAGUGCUCCCUGGGACCCGCUCUAGCCGUGUGACCCAUCCCGACCCACUGUAGCUCUUAAUCUUGGAUGUCUAUUUAUUGGCAGAGAAUUUAUCUAACGGCCACAGGCCCCCGGGGGAUUAUUUAACGUGGGGCGUUGGGAGGGGGGAGCGUUGAAAGAGGGACUGCUUUGUACAGGCUCACUAUGAAACGAACUACACCCAGGGGGGUCAGGGGUUUCUUCUGCGGAUUGGGCGCCUGGACCACGGACAGGAAACGGUCCAAUUGGAGCUGCUGCAGGGCAGGCACCUUACCCCCCAUCCUGCAAGGACCAAACGUGAAUGUGUGUCAUGGAAGCAAUAGAGUGGAGCCGCCUUUUCUCCCAGAGCUUUUGGGGGGAAGGGGGUAGAAGAGGACGUUGCUACUGCUAUGGAAUAUCACAAAUCCAUACAUGCUGUGGAAUCUCUCUCUCUGGCCCCCAGUGCAGCUGCCUCCACCUGUACCCUUUUGUCAUCUUUCAUUGCUCUGUCUUCUUGGAACUGUGACCUCCUUCAAUCCGCUUGAACUGCGCUGGCCAGUUGCACAGCUUUAGGCUCUUACAAACUCUUAUUUAUGUGACAUUUUUGCCGCCCUUCCUUCCCUAGGAGAACUUUUCUUCUUUCCCCCCCAUUUUAAAUUCCAUAUGGAUUAACGCUGACCGUGACUGGUUACACCUGCAGUUUGGCAUGCAACUGUCCAUACAGAACCAUUGCCCUCUGGGAUCCUCCUUGCCCACUGGCUUCAUCCCAAGCAGGCUUACUCACCGUCUUGCUGGCUCUGAAUUGGGUCCGGUGAGAUCGAUCAAGUUCCGUUGUUUCUUUCUUAACUAACAAACAAAAUGUGCUGAAUGUUUACUGGGACUUCCUAUGACACUCCAAUGUCCAUUCUGAGCUGGCGUUUUCUGCCUCUAUGAUGUUAAUCCCUUCUGUGAUCUGAUUCUUGAACACUCAAUGCACUUGGAGCAGGGGGCGGUUUGAUCUUCUCAGUGGAGGUAAAGAUCUGACCUUUUGGGUGGACAGGGAGGUCCAGCAGAGUAACUAUCCUUCUGCCCAGUCGUUCGACUAAUUUUUUUCUCCUUCCCGUCAGCUGUUUCAAGAUGUUCCAUUCUAAUUGCACGCUAGUUUGUAGGUGGAUCUGAGAGCUUUAUAUACUCCCUUGAUACUUGCUAGCACCCUAGCCUUCUGGAUGAAUCUGAAUAUGCAAUGCAACUGUAGCCGGCUGGGUUGCGAGCGCAAGGGGUUAGGGUG